AUGGCACGACUUUCCCCCUCUCUGCUCUUCCUCCUCCUCGCCCAACCAAUCCACGGCAUCAUCUACGGCCAGAAUGCCCCAGCAAACUCAGCUCCAUACAUCGCCGCUCUCACGGCAAAAGACGCCCCAGACACCACCCUCUGCGGCGGCGUUCUCAUCAGCCCAAAGGCCAUCCUCACCACCGCCGAGUGCGUCGCAAACCACUCCCCCUCAUCCCUCUCUGUCCGGGUGGGCAGCCUGUCCCGCACGAGCGGAGGCACCGUCACCGACACGACCAAGAUCACAACACACCCGCAAUACAGCGCCGACACGCUCAACGCAAACGUCGCCGUCAUCCAGCUCUCCAACGCAGUCUCAAAUAUCCAGCCCGUCAGUGUGGCAGCGAGCAGUCCGCGCGACGGCACCAAGCUCACCAUGUACGGCUGGGGAUCGACGGAUCGGUUCGUGCACCGUCCGGCGAGUCACUUGCAGCAGCUCAACACGUUCGCUCUGUCCGGGAAGUCGUGUCGGCGCGACUGGAAAGAUCUAAGGGAGAUCACGCAGACGAUGAUGUGCGAUGUGCCGGAUGCUGGAGCUGGACCGUGUACGGGGGACAUGGGAGGCCCGAUUGUGUCGGCGGAGGGGAGGUUGGUUGGGCUGGUUACGAGUCUGGAUCAGUGUGCGCAUUCAGAUCAUCCGGGGGUUGAUGUCGAUGUUGCUGCUGUUCGAGACUGGGUCUUAGGGUUUACGAAGUAA